CGCCAGUUCUCUGUCUGGGUGGCACUCUCCAAGCGGGAAUAGUGAUUGGACACCUGGUUAAAGGGGCGGAUCACGACCCUCAGUUUUAGACCCUCGAAGCCUCUUUCUUUGGAACACAGCAUCGUAUUUUCAGGGGCGGCUAGCGGUUGGUCUUUGCUGCUUGUGUUUUAAACUUUGUAAAAAAAACAAAACAAAACAAAAAAAAAAAAAAAAAAAAACGCACGAAUAUCCAGGUUACAGAAAUAUAAAAGUAAAAUCAGCAAUAAAGGAUUACUUAGAAUCCUGCGUGGCAACGUUGUUCAGCUAAUCUGCUCCUGGGAGAAGAAGCAAAGACUUGGUCAGUAAGACAGGAAUCUAAACAGGGGAUCUGGGCUCUCGUCAGUUAGCAGCAAGGGAAACAAUGGAUUCUGAGGAGGUGGCAGGCCAGUCAGAGAUGGUGACCAUCAUCCCGAAUGGCAAACACGACGAGGACCUGACCGUGCCGGUGAAAACACCUCCGGAGGAUGACGGCAGGUAUGAGGACACUGAAGGAAACGUAGCAGAGAGUGAGGAGUUCCUACCCCACACCGACGGGAAGAAACCAGCUCGCUUCACGGAUUUUGAAGGAAAGACUUCGUUUGGCAUGUCCGUCUUCAACCUGGGUAACGCCAUCAUGGGCAGUGGAAUUCUGGGACUGGCUUAUGCGAUGGCCAACACUGGCAUCAUCCUCUUCCUUUUUCUUCUGACGGUAGUGGCAGUUCUUUCCUGCUAUUCUAUCCAUUUGCUGCUGAAGUCCUCUGGAGUAGUGGGCAUUCGCGCUUAUGAGCAGCUUGGCUACAGGGCAUUUGGCACUCCAGGAAAACUAGCGGCUGGAAUAGCUAUCACCUUACAGAACAUUGGUGCCAUGUCCAGUUACCUUUACAUUGUCAAGUAUGAGUUCCCUCUGGUCAUCCAGGCCUUCCUGAACAGCAGCGGAAAGUCAGAUGAGUGGUACUUAAAUGGUAACUAUCUGGUGAUCCUGGUUUCUCUGACUGUCAUCCUGCCUCUGGCCCUCAUGAAGCAGCUAGGUUACCUGGGCUACACCAGUGGGUUCUCCCUGAGCUGUAUGGUGUUUUUCCUCUGUGUGGUGAUAUACAAGAAGUUCCAGAUCCCGUGUCCCUUCUUUGAGUUCUCGUUCAAUACCACAGAAUCGCUCAACUCCAGCACCGGCAUGGAACACUCGGUUGGCUACCAGAACGGACACACCCAGAUGGAGGCAGAUCUUGACUGUGGCCCCCGCAUGUUUACCCUUAACUCCCAGACGGCAUACACCAUCCCCAUCCUAGCCUUCGCCUUUGUCUGCCACCCAGAGGUCCUGCCUAUCUACACCGAGCUACGCAACCCCACAAAAAGGAAGAUGCAGCACGUCUCCAACAUUUCCAUCGCUGUCAUGUACACCAUGUAUUUCCUGGCGGCUCUCUUCGGAUACCUGACCUUCUAUGGUAAAGUUGAAGCAGAGAUGCUUCACACCUACAGCCGGAUCGACCCCUUCGACACCUUGAUCCUGUGUGUUCGACUGGCAGUGCUCACUGCCGUCACCCUCACAGUGCCCAUUGUCCUCUUCCCGGUACGGCGUGCCAUCCAGCAGAUGUUGUUCCCCAACAAGGCGUUUAACUGGCUGCGUCACAUCACCAUCGCAACUUGCCUGCUGACCCUCAUCAACCUGCUCGUCAUCUUCGCACCCAACAUCCUGGGCAUCUUCGGGAUCAUCGGGGCCACAUCUGCUCCCUGCCUCAUCUUCAUCUUCCCAGCGAUCUUCUACAUCCGCAUCGUGCCUAUUGAAGAGGAACCCAUGCGCUCUACCCCCAAGAUCAUGGCUGCGUGCUUUGCAGGUCUGGGAGUCCUGUUUAUGAUAAUGAGCCUGAGUUUUAUCAUCAUUGACUGGACUACGGGAAGCGACAAUGCUGGCGGUGGCCACUAGGGGUUAGAAAUAUCACUGUGAAGAUGCACUUAAGUGGAACCCUCGGAUACAGGACUGUAAAAUCUCGGCUUUGCAAAUGGAUCAACCUACCCUAUCUCAAUGCCUGCAAUUUUAAUGACACAUUUUACUGUAGAUAAUAGAGAAGAAACUACUAGGAUAAACCAGCUUGAUUUUUUUUUUUUUUUUUUUUUGGGGGGGGGGGGGGGGGUGCAUGCUAAUUUGCAGAAGCAUAUAUUUACAAACAUACCUGUUUCUUCAGGUAUACAUGAUUUUUGUCAGCCUACCAAGUCUAGGAAUCCCCCCUAUAUAAAUAUAAGAUGGUAUUAAAGCAGUUUAGGUUUUCUGGAUCUGUGAUGCCAUGGCACUGAUGCCAAAGCAAACCAUUACAGUGCCAGUGGUGGGGUAUGGUAGGGGGUACCCAGUUUGCUCAUGCUAAAACUUAUGAUAGGGCUCAGAUAGACUUUUAGAAAAGUGCAACUCUUCACAACACCUUCCUAACCCUAACCCCAUGUUAAUCUUAAUCCGUGUCUCUUGACCUGAUAAAGUAUUGCUAGUACUGUACAGACACCAAUGGUGCACAGUGACGUUUUAUAUCAGAGCUUAUAUAAAGGCUGAAAUGAUACGUUAUUUUACAAGUAGGACUGGGGAAUGAAUAACUCCUGACAAAUUGGCAUAUAGUCCGCCCAGUCUCCCUAGCAAAACAGUACUGAAGUCUUUAAAAAUGCAUUUUAAAGAUUUUAUUAA